UAUCUUUAACUUCUGAAAAUUUCCUUACAUUGCUAUGUAGCCUUUAUGGGUUUAAAAUAAGAUAGCAAACAUAGAGGUUCAGUUAUAGAUAUGUCUGGUAAUCCUGCUCUGCUAUGAACUCAAUACAGAACUUAAUUUCUGAUAAGUAUUGAAAUUUAAUAACUUAAUAAGUAUCUUUCUUCAUUACUCCAUUAUGAACCAAAAAUCCCAUUUGAAUUGACUUGCCAUUUCCAUAGUAAUGGAACAUGUAAGGACAAGAAAUAGAACUCUAAACAAGAAUAGCCAAACGAGAAGGAAUAAAAGUAUCUUGUUUGAUGAUUUCUAGCAUUAGGGCAACUAUUGUUGCACUAAUAAAUUAAAUAAACAAUUUUCACCAUCAGUUGCCACAACACAUUCUGCUUUACAUUACCAAGCCCAGCUAUAGGGAUUUUCUAGCAAACAUGCUAAAAUUUAGAAAUGCUUUUCCCUUUUCACUGCACUCUUCUCUUAGCUAUUUACCCUUGCAGGCAUUAUUUGCCUUGCAAUCAGAUAUUAUUUUUGUGCUCAUUAUUUAUAAUGAUAAACAAAAUAAUAUUGCAAUAAUCUGAGGUGUAUUAAAAUUUUGCUUUUACUAGUCAUGCAUGAAAGCUGUGCAUGUGCUGAAGCCACUCAAGGCCUCAGCACUAUAAAUAGUGCUCUAUUGUUAGUGGAUAAAAGACGAAACAAGUCUCCCGGCACUGGAGCACAGGAUGCUGUAUUAAAUGUUAAGCUUUGCCUGUUCUAAAAGUGAAACGCGACAUCCACUGACAGACUAGUCUGUGGGUGAGACAUACGGCUGGGAAGGGCUCACUCUGACUCUGCAGCUUCCCAAGGCAGCAGGAGUAGCAGCUGAUCUUUCUGCCUCAGCCAUGGCAGAAGCUGUUAUAAGACACUGGGUGGAAACUCCUGUACGCUACCAGGAGCAGUUUGCUGACCAAGAGCUGGAAACACACAAACUGAACCAUCUUUUAUAUGCUUUGCCAGGCCCUGCUACAGCAGCACUGAGCAACCAAAGAUGCACCACAGAAAGCACGACUGGGGCAGGGGAGAGUGGCCAGGAGGAGGAAAACACACGCUUCCAGGUGUUGCUGGAUGUUGUGCAGUUCCGUCCCGAAGAUAUCAUUAUCCAGACUUUCGAAGGCUGGCUCCUGAUUAAAGCUCAACACGGACCCAGGAUGGAUGAACAUGGUUUCAUAUCCAGAAGCUUUACCAGACAGUACAAAUUACCUGAUGGGGUGGAGAACAAAGACUUGUCUGCACUUUUCUGCCAUGAUGGCAUUUUGGUUGUUGAAAUGAAGAACUCGGUGGGAAAGAAUUAGAACCUUGUCUGUAGUUAUUGGUGAGAUAAAAUCAUUCUUAAUUAAUAUAACAAAGUAAUAUCAUUCAUGCAACGCUGUAGAGUGUGGUAAGCAUGUGGCUGUAUUUAUAUUACAGUAAAGGAAAGCCUUUGCAUAGGUUUUUCAGUAUGCUGAGUUUAUUGUUUGAUGUGAAUGGUAGACUGCUUGCCUCCAGCUACAUAUAUGUUGGAAAGCCAGGCUGUUUGAAGAGUAGGAAACUUAGGCUAGUCUCAGCAAGAGAAAAAAAAAAUCUAUUUUAUAGUACAUUAAAAAUAAAGUAUAUUUUUGAAUUAAGUAGGAGGAGUUGUAUUUCUAAAGAAAUAAGCAUUUGUCAUACAUAGUCAUAAAGAUUAAAGAAGCAAUAGACAAGUUGUAAGUUAGUUUUGAGUUAUGGGCAAUAGACAAGUUAUGGAAAUUUAAUUUAUGUACCAAAAAAGGUGCUUUCUAAUUUUUGAAAUCAAAUUCUUCUCUUUGGAAAAGCAUACAAACUGAAAAAUACUAUCAAGAAAAAAAUAUCUAUUUCCACAGUUCAAGCUUGUAUACCAAAAUAAGUCUUGAGAGACUAUUUUUUAGAAGUGUAUUGCAUAUUUGAAGCUAUAAGAAAAAAGAAUAAUCACUGACUACAUUUGCUUGAAAACAAAGUAAGUAGAAAUUAUACUUUCUGUCAAAGACAAAUUAAUUUAAAAGAAAACAUUUAAAGACAUUUUAGAAAAUUGGUUUUGUUUAACAUUUUCCACUAUGUUAUCAACUGAAGAAAAAAAUUUUUGCUUACAAAUGCUCAAAAGGAUCAAAUUCUUCAUUGUGAAACCUGGUAAUAAAAAGACAUUAUUCUUACACAAAUGCCUUUAUUCUUAUGCAUUUUAGGUAGUCUUCUUAUUCCAUCAAAUGCGUAUUUUAUUCUUCAUGUUGCUUGACAAUUUAGACUGAGAUUUCACAACUCUCUCUUGAAGAGCAAAUUUUUCUGCCUGUGUAUAGUCCCACUCUCUCCGUAAGAACAUGGGCUCUACAUGAAUCUAAUUUUAAGUGAAGAGGUUCCUUUUACUACAGACACAGGUUUAAUUUCUGUUCCACUCUUUCAUGAGAGUGGCAGAGAUGAAAAAAUAUCCACCCACUAUAUCUAGUAUCUGGUCUUCUCAACAUUAGAAAGAAAUAAUGCUGUGAGUUUGUAAAUACUCACACAUUUGAGGGGAACUGCAGCUGCAAGUUGAACUGCCUCCUUUUAUGUCUACUGGAGAUGGGUAUGUCUGCUGUGCUAUGAAUAGUAAAGGAAUGUGGAAUGGAAAGUGCCAAGUUAAAUACAGACUCUAUCAUAUCCAUCUGCUGUUUGGACAAAUCAAAAACAUAAUCAAAUGAAACUGACUACAAAUACAAUUUUAAGAAUACAAGAAAAAUCUGAUUAACAAAGCCCAGGCUCUUGCUAGCUGAAGCCAAAGAGUUCCUUAGUUUAAACAAAAGUUCUAAGCUUGUAAGUUUGCACAUGUCCAUUUAUUAGAGUUAUUACAUCAUGGUUGUUUAGACUUGAAGAUAUUUGAAGCAAUUGAUUCUAGAAAAGUGGGUACUACAAUUCUGAUAUUUUAUUUAUUAUUUGUGCUAAAAGUCAUAAGGAAUCUGUACAAGAAAUGCAGAAUAAAGUCUGAAUUGUAAAUUUCCAUCA